AUGUCAUCAGAUGUUACUGAAUUAAAAGGUUUAACAAUAAAAAAAAAUUAUAUAAAUGAUAGUGAAGCAGAAAUUUUAAUAAAAAGAAUUGAAGAUGAUUUAGAAAAUUAUGGUGAAGUAUUAAAAAAUCGUACUGUUAUUCAUUAUGGGUAUAAAUUUAAUUAUAAUUCUAAUUCUGCCUUUCAAGAAACAAUUCCAAUUCCAUUACAAAUUGUUGAAAUUAUAGAUAAAUUAAAAAAAGAUAAUUUAAUAUUAAUUGAUGAAAUUCCUGAUCAAGUAACAGUAAAUAUUUAUGAAGAAAGUCAAGGUAUUCCCUAUCAUAUAGAUACUCAUUCUGCAUUUGGACAACAAAUAUUUUCCCUUAGUUUGUUAUCUGAUGUAGUAAUGCAAUUUAGAAAUUACUCAAAUCCAGAUAUUUUAAUACAUGUUUUAUUAGAAAAAAAUUCUUUAUUAAUAAUGGAACAAGAAUCACGUUAUAUAUUUAAACAUGGAAUUUUAACUAGAAAAUUUGAUAUAAAUCCUAAUACUAAUGAAAUGAUGAGAAGAAAAAAAAGAAUUUCUAUAACAUUUAGGAAAAUAAAAAACAACAGAUGCCAAUGUAAAUUUAUUGAAUUUUGUGAUUGGGAUCGAAAUAAAUAA